AAAUGGCUCAGACUCUAUAUAUCCCUCUUCUCCUCAUUGCUCUCUGCUCCAUAUCUGAAUGUGUUCAGCGUCAGUAUCACUUUAUAAAUGAGGGGAGGAAUCAGACAGAAGCUCAGAAAUACUGCAGAGAGAAAUACACAGAUCUGGCCACUGUUGACAACAUGAGUGACAUGAACCAGCUGAUAAAGAGUGUGAAUAAUGGAGGUGUUGAAAAUAUCUGGAUUGGUCUUCAGAGGACAAGUGUUUAUAAAUGGCAUUGGUCUUCAGGUGAUCCUGUGCUCUUUCUGAACUGGACAUCUGGAGAACCAGCUGGCAGUAAUGAGUGUACUGUUAUGCAUAAUGGACAAUGGAUUAAUGAGGCAUGUAGUAACACUCGUUUCUUCAUCUGCUACAACAUGAGCACAGGACUGGUGUUUGUUGAUCAGAUGAUGAACUGGAGAGACGCUCAGAGUUACUGCAGACAGAAUCACACUGAUCUGGUCAGUGUGAGAAACCAGAAUGAGAAUCAACAGCUGGAGAAGUUCAUUAAUGACAGAAACUCAUCUGGAGCAGAAGUCUGGAUCGGUCUGUUCAGAGACUCAUGGCAGUGGUCAGAUCAGAGCAACUCCUCAUUCAGAUACUGGAAUACUGGUGAACCAAAUAAUGUUGAAGAAAGCUGUGCAGUGAUUGGGAAGAAUCCUCAGAGAGGAUGGGCAGACGUCCUUUGUGAUGGCCGCAAGAUUCCUUUUGUGUGUCAUGAAGGUGAUUUCUGCUUUGUUUUGUGUCCAGAUAAACUGAUUGUGAUCCAGCAGAAUCUGUCGUGGUCUGAAGCUCUGAGAUACUGCAGACAGAAUCAUGUGGAUCUGGUCUCGGUUCAGUCAGUGGAGAUGCAGUAUAAGGUGAUGAACGUGGUUAAACUGGCGUCUACUGAGGCGGUGUGGUUGGGUUUACGUCACUCCUGUGCUUUGGGCAUCUGGUUCUGGGUGAGUGGACAGACCGUGUGCUAUCAGAACUGGGCUCCAGGGAACGGCACAUCAGAGGAGGACUGUGAGCCCACAGUGAGAUCUGGAGCAGUUCAGUCUGGAGGAAAUCAGACCUGGAUCAGCCGUCCUGAAACUGACCGACUCAACUUCAUCUGCAGAAACUACUGAGAGUGAAGAAGUAAGAUGGGGAAUGUGUUCUGUUUAGAUUUAUCAUUGGAUUGGGAAGUAAUCAUUUUACAUAAAAUAAUCAACUCUGGAUGCAGUGAUGUACAUU